GCAGCUUUGCCCCUGCUCUGGGCCAGGGCGGGACAGAUGGGCUGUGUCGACUCUUGCUUUUUUCUCCAGUCCGGGAGGAGACCUUGACUCCCAGAGCCCAGGAAAUGGAAAGCUGACGGACGGCCCACAGGACUCUCAGAGGGGCAGGGCUGCGAUGGGGUCUUCCUUGUGGACCCCGGGCCACCGCACAGCUGCCCUGACUCGGACUGGAUUCGCUUCGUGCGCUCCGAACGGGAGAAAGGCCAACCCCAAACAAAGACGGGCGGCCGGCGGGGCGGCGGGAGAAGGAGCCCGGGCAUUGGAGGGGCCGGGGGUGGGCGCUCAGGAGGCGGGGCGCGGCCGCAGGAAGUGCAGAGCGAGCGCGGAGCUGAGCGCGGCUGCGGUCGUCGCCCGCUGGCCCUGCAGCCCCGCCCUGGCGCCGGCGGCCCUCGCUGCGGAGCCCGCGACCGCACUUGCCGCGCCAUCUGAACCUCCCUCAGCUGCAUCCAGCCACACUGAGAGCUUUGCCGAGGAGGGGCCUCCUGUAUCCUCUUACCUGCUGGCUCACCGCACCUGGAACCUAGUAGGUGCUCCGGAGAAGCUGUGUCAGAGAGUGAGCCCAGCAACAUGGCCCAUUACAAGGUCGAGCAGGACGACUGGCUGACCGUCUACUUGAAGUAUUUACUCGCCGUCUUUAACUUCUUCUUCUGGAUGGGGGGUGCCGCGGUCAUGGCCGUGGGCGUCUGGACCCUGGUGGAGAAGAGCGGCUACCUCGGCGUCCUGGCCUCCAGCACCUUCGCCGCGUCCGCCUACAUCCUCAUCUUCGCGGGCACGCUCGUCAUGGUGACUGGCUUCCUGGGCUUCGGUGCCGUCAUCCGCGAGGACAGGAGCUGCCUCUCUGCGUAUUUCUGCCUGUUGCUGGCGAUCUUCCUUGUUGAGCUGGUGGCGGGGGUCCUGGCCCACGUGUACUACCAGAGGCUGAGCGAAGAGCUGAAGCAGCACUUGACCCGGACCCUGGCCGAGAACUACAGGCAGCCGGGCGCUGCGGAGAUCACAGCCUCCGUAGACCGUCUACAGCAGGAUUUCAGAUGCUGCGGAAGCAACAGCUCGGCCGACUGGCAGCACAGCACGUACAUCCUGUCUCCAGAGGCCGAGGGCCGCCGGGUGCCCGACAGCUGCUGCAAGACCGUGGUGGCACGCUGCGGCCAGCGGGCACACCCCUCCAACAUCUACAAGGUGGAGGGAGGCUGCAUCACCAAGCUGGAGCAGUUCCUGGCCGACCACCUGCUGCUCAUGGGGGCGGUGGGCAUCGGGGUGGCCUGCUUGCAGAUCUGCGGGAUGAUUCUCACCUGCUGUUUGCACCGGAGGGUCCAGCUGCAUUUUUACUAACGGCCGACCUUGUCCCCGUCGCACUGCCCCUCGCAAGUUCAGGGGCCCAAGUCCCAUCGGCCAGGCCUGCGACGUCAGCAUCAGCUGGCCUAGAAGCUCCUGGAAACAACCCCUACUCUGUGCCCAGCCCCUUGGGACCCACAAGUGCCUGAGACCAUGGCUCCUGCAGCCCCCCACCCGGGCCGGGGACCCUCAGCCCCCUCCCUGCACUUCUGUGGGCUCACCGCCGGAACCCCCAGGCCGGGGACGGAACCUGCUGGGAGACCACAGGCAGAGCCUCGCCGGGCAUGGGCUCCCAUGGACCGCAGGGGGCUGGGCUCAGGCUGGGCUCCCUCCCUGCUCCUGAACCCUGAACCAGGGCUAGGAACCUUGACCCCUCUGGGAGGCUUACACUGGGCCCGUGAGCUUCCCACCCGCGCUCAGCAUCCUGCCUCGUGCCUCUGCUGGGUGCGCUUUUCUCCCCCCGGCCCGGGAAAUGCAUCGGGUGGGCAGGGAGGGUUGGCUCUGCCCCCAGAAGACCCAGCCUUCUGCCCGCCACCACGCCUUCUCACCUGGAAGGGAGUGUCCGGUGGCCCGGUUCCUUCCUGCAGGGCCGGGGUUGGGCGGCACAGGCGGGGUGGAGCCGCCAGGGCCGGCAGCAGGGGCCUGCCUUGGGCCCCUCCCCGGGAGAGGUCCCCCUGGGGGACCUUGGCCCCGAGCCCCGUCUCUAGCCCUAUGCCCGUCAGGGGUCUCCUGUCCAUGGCUUGAAUCUCGGGAAGCCCAGGUUUUUAAAACCAUCUUCAGCUCUUAAUGUUGGUGGGAGUAAAAUCCUUCCUGAUUAAACCAAAUCACAGACCCUGCAAAGCUGGAGCCGCUGAGAAGGUGCAGCUCUGAGCAGAGGGGAUGCUCUGCCCGGAGCCUACUUCUCCUGGGCCCACACUCCCAGACCACCAGGCCGUCACCACGUGGCCUGCAGGAGCCCCACUGCUUCCCAGAGAGAAUAUAGCCCCUUCCUUAGCUUGUCAUACUGGGGGUGAAUCAGGGAAUUUUCAGGAAGAACUUUCCCAGGUAUGAGGGGAGAACUAAAAGAAAAUCCUAGGAAAUACAGAGCACAGGUGCUGGCAGUUUUCCAAAGAACACGUAUCAAUUCAUGAGACCCCCAUAGCCCGUCCCCCUCCACGUGGCCAUUACAAGUGGGCAGAGAUCCCCCCACCGGCCCUCGUGUCCCGGGUCCUGGAGUCCCCUCCUCCUCCUUCCCACCGCCGUGAUGCUGAGGCCAAGGCCAGGAAAGGUCACACCUCGCCUCCCCAGUCUCUUGCGGGCCCAGCUCAGUCCCUGGUGAAGGGUGUUUUCUUUCCCAUUCGGGGGUCACCGCUGUCCCCAGCACAGACCCAACUGUACCAAAACCGCACACUCCCCGAACAGGGGUUACCCACACAAGCAGGGGGCACAGCAGCCUCCCCGGGGUGGACUGCCCCUCCUGCCCUGGGAUCCUCCGGGCGCUGUUAGACAGGGCCCUGGGGUCACCGAUGCCAGUUCAUUAAAAGGGAGGCCAGCUUUCCAGCAACCCCAGACUGCACCAAAGCCAAAAAACAUGGUGCUGCGAUUAUCUUUGCUGCCCUCCAACUUCCUGGGAUGCGUGCAUAUCAUCGAAAAAUCACCGUAAGUCCCAAGUUCUCUGCAGGGCUAGAUGCAGGCUGACGUCACACUCUCCCGCCGGUACCAGGACCCCGGGCCACCCCGCUCCAGAGUGGCAGCAUUUCUCCACGGGGACCAGUUCAUUUGUCCCCGUCCCCAGAUGCGGGGGGGGGGGGCACUUUUUCACCCCAAAGCAAAGCGACUUCCAUCGUAAUUCAGAGAAGCUGGGGGCCCCAGGUUGCCCAGCGUGAAGCCAGAAGGAAGUAAAUGCUUCGUCUUUUGUGACAGAAA